GUGGUGAAAGAAGUCGUCAAUUCGUAAGCUCCCUAGUAUUGGGAAACCUGAUAAUGUUGGGAAAUCUUGAAAAAUUCCAUGUUGUCUUUGGAAAACUUCAGGUAGAAAAAUCUGCAAGUCAGAUUGGAGUAGCUGCUGUGAUGGUUCAAAGGAAUGUGCUGAGCUAGCUAAGAGGUGGCUAUUCCAUAACAUGCCAAAAGAGGAAACUAGACAUGUGGCCCAAAAUGCGGCAUCAAAACUAGAAUGCACUUUACGAACAAAGUAGGAGAUCAGGGGUUAUGGAGAGUUUUUUGGGGGGGUGGCCAACCCUUUACCCGCUUUGGUUAGAAGGGACUGCAAGGGCUAAUUGUUAGCCAAUGCAUUGGCCUUUUCUAAUCCUUGUGAAGGAUGCUAAUAUUAAGAUAACUGGGAGUGGAGGCAGCCUUAAGAGUUCUGGCCAACAAGGCAGCAUAUUGGCAGAUGUGUUCAUGUUGGGCGGGAACUAGAGGGUACCCCAUGCAGUGGCAAAAGCGAAGAUAGCUGCUGCAGUGUUGCUUGGUAUUGCUUGAAAAGGUGUGGGAUCUCUAGUGAAAGACCUCUUCUAGCUGCCUGGCCAGGUUAGGGUCCAGAGAAUCUGCGAGAAAGAAAAUCGGUGCUGAUACCAGACUGGUUGGUUACUGGGGAGUUGUGAAACAGCAUGUGCAAUAACACUGAGCUUUGCUGGGAUGUGUAACGCAGUAAACAUAAAAUUAUGAAUAACUGAAAGCCAGAACAAUAGCCUGAGCACAUGCGUAACAGCAGGUUCCCCAGUAGAACCUUUAUUGAUAAUGUGCAUUGCAGCUGCAUUAUCACAAGGAAUGAUUUCAUUUUGAUUUUGCCAAUGAGGAACUCAGAUGGAGGCUGGCAAGGUUUGAGCCAGAACUUCUUUAUGAUCAAUGUGUAGGGUUGUGAAAGUCUAUCGUAAAAGACGAUUGUGUAGUGGAAAAGUCUAUCAUAAAAGAAGAUUGUAUAUUGAAUUAUCAAAACAACACAGGGGAAGAGAGCAGCAUUUUUCUCUAGAUGUCUGAACCAGUUUAAAAGGAGAACAUGAAAAUUUUGACAUUUUUUUGGACUACAAAAGCCCAGUGGUGAUCAUCGGACCACUGACAAUAGGUAUUACAAAGAACCAUAGUGAAGGCCUUAACAUCUAAUCUUUGACAUCUGUAAAUAAGAUAAAUCAGAAAUGGCUAUACAAUGUUUGGUAUUUGAAAGACAAUUGAUUUUUAUAAAUUGAUCAUUAUUUUCGUAACAAGAUUAUUUGAACUUAUUUUCAUGUUUUUGUCUCUACCAAAUGCUACCUUAAGAGAGCACCAUGAAAUAUCAAAGUCCUUAAAAUUUCCAGGGGUAGUGCUAAGAGGCCCUUCCCUACAGAAAGGGUUGACUCCCCUUCCUGAUCCUUCUCUUCCAACAUGACCACUGCACCAGAUGGGCAACUCCCAUGUUUUGGGGACCCACCUGAUAAAUGGUGUGACCCCUUCUAAAAACUUAGCUGGAACACUGUGUUAAGGAUUGACAAGAAAGCUUUUGCUGCUGAUACAUCUAUUUUUGUAGAAAGGAUGUGGUCCACAUAGCUUCUGCGGAAAUCUGGGAUUUUGUUGUCUUGUUCCAGUUUCCCCAUCUGUUUGUAACUAGGGGCUUAUACCUACAUUGUAAAGGCUUAUACCUACAUUGUCAGUCCAGUUGUAAAGCUUGACAUCAACCUGGAACAGGUGAUGCCGUGGUGCUUUUUCUAGCAGUUGAAUCAGAUCAGGUUGAGUGGUAUUAAGAUUGUUUCAUUUAAACAGUUGUCUACGAACAUCUUUUCAGGGAUGAUUUUGAUGGUUUUUGGAGGGGUCUAUUUGUGUACAAAGAUGUGAUAUCAUAGGAUACCAUUAUGGUGUUCUUGUCGAUGUCCAGUUUUCGAAUCUUUUAGCAAAAGAGAAGCUAUCUGAUAUUAUGAAGCAAUAGACUGAUGGGGGUUCAACUUCUCAUCAAGCCAUUUGACAAGGGCAUAGUUGUUGGUACCCAUGGCAGAUAAGGAUGGUCUCAUUGGUAGCUUCUCGUUAUAUCAUAAAGAUGUACUCAUAACAGCUACAUCAAUACUUUUAUCUGGCUUUGUGAUGACAAUGUUAUCUUAUUAGGUGGGUUCAUACUAGCUUAGUAAGUAGACCUUAAGUACACAAAGACCUCAAGUAUACUUGAGAUCACAUAUGUUCACUUACCUUGAUAAGCGUUCAUAUUUAAAAUUCUAAGUACACUUCAAGUGACAGAGCCGUCAAUCAAAUUACUCGCCAAGUAUAUUAAGCAUAUGCGUGAGUGCGGCAAAGAUUUAAACAUCUAUUUUACAUCAUGCGACCUCAAAAGCUCAAAAUUGCUUUUAUUAUUUGGCUUUUAUUUCUCUUGCUGCAACGACAGCGGGCUAUGCUGCUUCACCAAGCUUAUCACUUUCUCAUUGUUGAGGAAGAAUUUAGAAUGCGACGAAGGAACCAACGCCGGAUUAUGUUGAUGCUUUUCUGCCAAAUGAGUCAAAAUGCGUCACGAAGAAGAAGAGGUUGGGCUUGGCCACGACCACAAAACUGGUUCUGUAGUUUGUUGGCAAAUCCAGUGCUGAAUUUUCUUUGGAAAGAACAUUUUAGAGUGACAUGCAAAACCUUCGAUUACUUAUGUGACCUUGUGAGGGUGAACUUACAAAAGCAACACACGAGGUUCCGAGAUCCGGUCAGUGUGGAGGAAAGAGUUGGUCUUUCACUCUGGUGACUUGCAACAGGCAACAGCUACAGAAGUUGUGGUUUACAAUUUGGCCUUGGAAAGAAAAUGGACGAGUUUGAGGAAUCUUAUCGAAUAUCCCAAAUAAUGGGAGCAAUCGACGGGUGUCAUAUAGAAAUAAAUGCGCCACCAGACAAUCACGAAGAUUAUUUUAAUCGCAAGCAACACUACAGUGUGAAUCUGCAAGGCAUAGUCGAUGCAAAUUUAAAAUUUAUCCAUGCUAGAGUAGGGUAUCCUGGCAGUAUACAUGAUGCGCGGGUUCUAAGGCUAAGCGGUCUUUAUGAUNAAAAAAAUCCAUGCAGUAUUUUCUGCCAGAUCCACAGCAAAUAUCUAAAGAACUUUGUAGAUUUGCAAGGCAGGAUACUUUCUACAUAUAAAGUAAUGCAUUACAUCUUCAUUUUCACCGUGCACCACCUACCACCACCUACCACCAUCGUGUACCACAUACCAGAAUCCCAAGCCUAA